AGUAGAGCACAUCCCACAUAGUCGCGCGACACUCAGCAACAACAAUGGCCAAGCGUAGUCAGUGGCGGUAGGAGCGCUGUCUUCUUCGCUCGCUCGUCGGAGUCCUCCUCGAUUUUUUUUGGGACUCCGGGACGGAGAAAAACAAAACAACCCGUAGAUAGUCGCGCUCGUGUUUCUUUUAUUUGACUCGUUCCACAAUGUUCGAGGCGAGCCCACACGGACCGUGCGUGUGUGUCCCCGCUGCUGCUUGUUGGCCGCUGGGUUGCAGCUACUAACCUAGCUGCUUUUCACUCGCUGCUUAGCUAACGUUUUUUAGCCCCCCCUCCUCCUUGCGCGCCCCCCUGUUGUUUUCUUCAAACAACACGCCAAUGUUUUAGAGUAUUCGCGUGAACUGUUUUAUGACAACAACAGUUCCCAACUACCUUUUAUUCGUUAAAGGAGCGUGUGUGUGUAUGUUUGUCGCGGAAACUAGUUUGCGGGCUAGCUAACAGGCUAGCCAUUUGUGUGUGUGUGUGUGCGUGUGUGUGUGUGUUCGCGCAAGGAAGGAAAACGGCGAGUUUCCUUUUUUAACAAAGUAUGGAUGACCAGACCAGGAUGCUGACGGGUCUCACCGGACUUGGUGGACUACAGCCAGGCGACGUGGGCGACCCGGACUCGGUUCGGAAACAGCAGUCCCUCGGCCAGCCCCAACAAGACAUCGGGGAUAUCCUACAGCAAAUAAUGGCCAUCACCGACGAGAGCCUGGACGAAGCACAGGCCAGAUGCUGGCCAGAAGAUUCGCCGGCGCAUUGGGGUGGAUCAGACGACCCCACAGAGGGAGGGAGAGCAGGGGGGGGCACGGCAGGGGGUGGCCUGCCAGUCAACUUCCAGUACAGGAAGCAUGCCCUUAACUGUCACAGAAUGAAGCCAGCCCUGUUCAGUGUUCUCUGCGAGAUCAAAGAGAAGACAGUUCUGAGUAUACGAGGCGUGCAGGAGGAAGACCCCCCAGACCCGCAGAUCAUGCGUCUGGAUAACAUGCUGCUGGCGGAGGGCGUGUCCGGGCCGGAGAAAGGAGGCGGGUCGGCGGCGGCGGCCGCUGCGGCGGCGGCAGCGGGAGGCUCGCCUACCGACAGCAGCAUCGAACACUCCGACUACAGAGCCAAACUGGCCCAGAUUCGUCAGAUAUAUCACUCGGAGCUGGAGAAAUAUGAGCAGGCGUGCAGCGAGUUCACCAACCAUGUAAUGAACCUGCUGAGAGAGCAGUCUCGAACACGGCCCAUCUCGCCCAAGGAGAUCGAGCGCAUGGUGGCCAUCAUCCACCGCAAGUUCAGCUCCAUCCAGAUGCAGCUCAAGCAGAGCACCUGCGAGGCCGUGAUGAUUCUGCGCUCACGCUUCCUCGACGCCAGACGCAAGAGGCGCAACUUCAACAAGCAAGCGACAGAGGUGCUCAACGAGUAUUUCUACUCCCACUUGUCUAACCCUUACCCUAGUGAGGAGGCAAAGGAGGAGUUGGCCAAAAAGUGUGGGAUCACCGUGUCUCAGGUCUCUAAUUGGUUCGGCAACAAGAGAAUACGUUACAAGAAGAACAUCGGCAAGUUCCAGGAGGAAGCCAACCUCUACGCAGUCAAGACAGCAGUGGACGCCGCCAACGUGUCGGCGCAAGCCAGCCAGGCCAACUCGCCGGCAACGCCCAACUCAGGCGACAGCUACAUUGGGCUGCGAUUGCUCAACGGGGAGGGCAUCGGCGCGGCACCCUCUCUCCAGCCGCAGGUGGAUACCCUGCACCGUGCUACACACCUGACGGGCGGCUAUGAGGAGCUGUCAGGUAGCGGCCUCUACACCCCUCAUCGCCUGGAUGCUAACAGCUGGCAGGACUCAACCGACCCCCCCUCCGUCACCUCCCCUCCCGGCGCUCCCGGCAGCGUCCACUCCGACACCUCCAACUGAUCCGAGUAGCAUCCGCCUUCCGUCGUUAACGCCGUUUCCACUCCAAGGGGGUGGCGGUGGGGCCACCCCACCCCCCACUCCCACCCACCGCCAUCUUGGACUCAAUGGGAUCAUGUCAUGAACACAACACCACUGUGCUGGAACGCAGGACAGCAACGCAACUAUGGACUCCUCUCUCUACCCCCCCCCGCCCACACUUGAUGUCCACACGUACACGUGUAUCUGCUCGUUCUCUUAACACACGCUCACAUUUCACCCGUGGCUUCGUUCGAUUGGUCGCCCCAGCAGGGUCUUACCAAAGCGCCACCGCCCGGCUCGUCAUCAGCAUCACCGUGUCACACUGUUAGCAUCCUUGUUAUGAGCGUGGCUAACUGUGGCUAACCGGUUAGCAGACCAAGAAGAGUGGACGGAACUAAUCCCACUUUUUUUUGGGUCACUAAAUUCGACAAUUUUUUUUUCUGUCCGCUAGUUUCUCUGAUUGUAGGCCAUUUUUUGUGCGUGUUUUUUUUUUUUUUUUAAGAAUGCACCAGCCGCCACCAAAAAUAAAACACGCUGCCAAUAGCGCAUCAGAGAAGGCAAGGGAGGAGGGGGCUCGUGACAGCGAGGGCGACCAUCCGGAUUCUAGUAAAACUCGUCUUCCAUGCAUGUUAGGACUCGUUCAGCCCCGCCCUCACUUUUUACCUUGGUUUUUAAUUACGAUAAAUGGAGGGGAAAAAAUGAAUUAAAAGGGUAUAAAUAUUAUAGUCUGACCAAAAAAUACAAACAAAAAAGAAACGAGCGUCGCGUGCUGUUUGGAUAGUUGUGUGUCGUCAUGGCGACGCGCACGACGACCACCUGUUGUACCAAAACCAAAAAUACCACAGUCAGUAAUCAUGAUAAUGGUGAUGAUGCCACCUACUAUUUUUGUGUGUCUUGUUGUAUUUUAUUUUUUGGGGGUGUGGGGGGCUGGAAACAUUUCUAUUUUCACUGUUUACAAAUAUGGACUUCCCUGUGUUGCCAUUUUUUUUUCUUGGCUAAUCAGAUGAGGGCUCCACUAGCUCUCUCGCCCUUCUUACCAAAAAAAAAGGAAACCACUUUUUUGCCAUUUUUUAAACACAAGUUUUAAUCGUCAAGUUAAGUCGUCUUGUUAUGAAGACAGGAAUGUCCUUAACUCAUUCACUGCCAGCCGCUAAAAAAAACAAAAAACUAUACAACAGUGAUCUUUUCCAGUUGACCUAUAUAGACGUGAAUGGGUUAAAGAAAAACAAAAACUUGGCCUAAUUGUCCGAUGUAAUAUCCCAACAUGUAAUUACUUUUGUUAGUUCUAAUACACCAAAAUGUGAUCAAGCCCCUCCCUCCAUCCUGCCUGACCCGCCCCCCCCCUCUCUUUUUCUACCUGUGUAAUGGAUGUCACUGUACAGUUUGUGUAAUGUUUCACUUUCUUUUAUAUACUCGACCUUGGUUCAGAUGCUAAUUAUUAUUUGGCAUUUUGUCCCCACCCCCCCACGAUACCCCUCCCCCGGCUGAUUCCCGACACACAUGACUCGCUAUAUAACUCUGUAUCAACAUUAUUUUUUAUUAUUGUUAUUAUUUAGGCUUUUUGUUACAUAACCGGGUGGAAAUGUGGGGUUUACUGCUCGGGACAUUUGAUGCUGUGGAAAUUGAUGGUUCCCAUGAAUCUUUCAUGAAAGUGAUGAGAGAAAGAAAAAAUGCCUCCACAGUAUCAAAUGUCUCCCCCAAAAAGCCCUUUUGAUUAUUAUUCUUUUUUUUUUUUCCUCUUAGUAUAUUUGUAUCGCUUCUCUUUCCCUUGUAUUUAGCCCUCUCUCUACCUCUGUCUUUCCAUCUCUGUUGUAUAUAUAACCCCCCCAAAUGCCCCCAACCCCACCGCUGUUUUCAGACCCACGCGUCUGUCUGAACUCCUUUUAUACCUCAACUUUAGAAUUGUUCUAGAAAGAAAGAGUUAAAGGAAGAAUGACAAAUUGUAGUGUUCUUAUUAGAAACUUAAUAAAAAAAAACAAUUUAGUGUGAUUUUUUUUUUUCUUUUCCUUUCUUCUUCCAGUAUUUUAUUUCAAAUUUUAGGAGUGCUUCAUUUUAUAAGUUGUCACAAAAUGCUCUUGUGAUAGUCAAAUGUAAUAAAAAAGAGAGAUUGCACCAUC